AUGGACGUCGGCACGAAUGUGUGGGUCAAGACAAAGGAUGCGGCUGUAUGGGCUGCAGGAAAAGUGCUUAACUAUGACGACGUGAAUGGUGUGGUGAAAAUACGUCGUUUAGACACUGGUGAAAUUGUAACGCGUUAUUAUUAUUAUCCGGAUACAGCACCCCAUGAGGUAUGUUUACGUAAUCAAUCCGUAAAUUUUGGCACUCUAUCAAGUCUCACAAGUCUGGAAUAUUUACAUGAGGCAGCUUUACUACAAGCACUUGAUGAACGUUUUCUCCAGGAUAAAAUCUAUACGUCCAUUGGAGAUAUUUUGGUUGCAUUAAACCCUUUAAAACCGUUACCACUGCUCUAUUCCGAUACAAUAGUGAAUGCAUAUAAGCAGGCAAUGAUGAUGACGUCAUUAUCCUCAUUGUCCUCCUCCUCUUCAUGUCAUCGAGAAAAAGAAUUACCUCCUCAUGUAUUUGCUAUUGGUGGAAAAGCUUUUCGUGGUCUAUUUACACCUAGACGACGUAAUCAGAGUAUCUUGGUCAGUGGGGAAAGUGGCAGUGGAAAGACUGAAAGUACGAAAUUUCUCAUGCAAUUUCUAACUAAUGUUGGACGAGAAGAGACUGUGGGUAUUGCUACUAGUAGAACUAGUCCUACUACUACUACUGGUAGUAGUACUGGAGCUGUGGAAAUUGGUCGUCGUAUUUUACAGACAAAUCCGAUUCUCGAAUCGUUUGGGAAUGCUCAAACGAUUCGAAAUGAUAAUUCGAGUCGUUUUGGGAAAUUUAUUCAACUUCAAUUUGGACACAAGAAUGAAAUCAUUGGAGCUGAAAUUGUGAGUUAUUUACUUGAGAAGGUUCGAGUCGUACAUCAAAGUCCAGAAGAAAGUAAUUUUCAUAUUUUCUAUGAACUCUUGGAAGGAGGUGAGAGUGAAUUAUUGGAAAGAUUAGGACUGAAGCAAGGAGGAAAGUAUGAAUUAUUGAAUUCCUAUGGAUCACAUCAGUCUAGACGACGAAAGACUGUGACGGAAAAUAAAUAUGCACAACUUUAUGUGGAAACAAUACGAGCAUUUGAAGAUAUUGGAGUUCAAGAACAAGAACGAGGGGCAAUUUUUAAGAUUUUAGCUGCAUUAUUACAUCUUGGUAAUGUCAAUUUUACAGCACUGGAUGAAGAGGAAGAGACGUCGACGGCGGUAACGUUUGAAUCGCGUUUUCAUUUGGAAAAGUGUGCUGAACUCUUGGGUGUGAGUGUCAAUGAGCUAGAGACGCUGUUGAGUAGUCGAGAGAUUAUGGCAGGGGGUGAAGUCAUGGUGUUAAAGCUUAAUCCGGAGCAGGCAAAAGAAAUAUGUCGAUCCUUAGCUAAGGCUGUCUAUGGUCGACUUUUCUCGUGGCUCGUUCGCCGUCUGAGUGAUGAGAUGAACUAUUUUGACUCGACCGGUUUGGUCUCGGACGAGAACGAGGACUUGGCAACCAUUGGUAUUCUUGAUAUCUUUGGGUUUGAAAGUUUGAACUGCAAUGGAUUUGAGCAGCUUUGCAUUAACUAUGCCAAUGAACGAUUACAGGCGCAGUUCAAUGAGUUUGUUUUUGUCCGCGAGCAGCAAGUGUACAUCGCGGAGGAAAUUGACUGGAAGAAUAUCACAUACCCUAGCAACGCAGCGUGCUUGGCUCUGUUUGAUGACAAGAGUAGUGGCUUGUUCUCACUGUUGGAUCAAGAAUGUCGAAUGCCUAAGGGAUCGAAUCAGGCUUUGAGCACUAAGUUCUACCGGUAUCAUGGUGGGAACAGAUCCUCGGAUGUAGCAGGUGUUUUUCAGCAGCCGCAACUUGCUCAGAGCACCCUGCGGCUACCCAUAUCGUCGUUCAGCAGGUAUUUGUACAAACCUAAGUUCCAAGAGGAACGUGUCCAUCAGGAUACAAAGAAGCAUACUUUUUCAGCGUCCAAGAUGGAACGUGUGAAGUAUCAGUUUGUGGUACAUCACUUUGCUGGGCGAGUGUGUUAUAAUGUUGAACAGUUUUUAGAAAAGAAUACUGAUGCGCUUCCUGCUGAUGCGAGCAGUAUAUUGUCUACCUCUAGCAACGAAGUGGUUGUAGCAAUUGGGGCUGAUGACAACGUGGAUUCGCCACGUGUGGACAACAGAGUGGUAGGCCGGCGGCGUUAUUCUAUGCUGCGUGCACCUAGUGUGUCUGCGCAGUUCAAGAGUCAACUGGACAGCCUCAUAGUCGAGAUCGGUCGCACGGAGGCGCACUACAUCCGCUGCUUGAAGCCCAACGAACUUAAGAAGCCCGGAAUUUUUGAUCGUGAGAGGAUGGUUGAACAAAUGCGCUCCGUUGGUGUGCUAGAAGCAGUUCGCAUUGCGCGCCAUGGGUACUCUGUGCGUCUUGCGCAUGCGAGCUUUGUCGAACUUUUUUCAGGAUUCAAGCGCUUUUUGAAUAAGCGUGAUCGAUCGACAAAGAUGAACACAAAAGACUUGGCGCGAGCCCUUGCGACUGUAUUGAUGAAUAAGGUUGUCGUCGAAGAUAGCGUGGAACGCAAAGAGAAGCCCUCUGGCGUCCAACUUUUUGUCACUGAGAAACGUAGCGAGAUGGCAUUUGAUAACAAUGUUAGCUGCAAGGACGUUCAAGUCGGCACGACGCUAGUAUUUUGCAAGGCUAGCAUCUACAAUCGGUUUUCUCGAUACCGCUUGGAGUUACAGAAUCAGAGUGCGACAAUGUUGCAGAAGCAUUACCGCAGACAUCGAUGCCGUGUAUUGUUUCAGGAACUGCGCAGCUUUGCGGUGCAUUUGCAGGCGAUCGUUCGAGGAUUUCUCGCAAGGAAGCGCGUGGGUAGAUUGCGUGAAUUGCGUCGAGAAAAUGCUGCCACUUGUAUUCAGUCAUGCUGGAAGGGUUGUAUGGCGAAGCGCAAGGUUGCCGAGAUGCUUAAGCAUAAGCAACAGGUUGCUGCGGUUAUCCUUAUUCAGAGACAGUUGCGGCGUUUUUUGGCUCAGCGGGCCCUUGCACGAAUCUUGAAAGACAAACGUCAGCUUGCUAGUGCCCUUUGUAUUCAAAUGCACUGCCGACGCUGGCUAGCUCAGCGGAAAUUGGCUUUUCUUCAUAGGCAGAAGCUUCGGAUUGCUGCUGCGACUUGCAUUCAAGCCCAAUGCCGACGUUGGAUUGCCGAACACAAGCGUGAGAAGUUGUUAAGGAUGAAGCGUGAACACGCUGCUGCGUGUGUCAUCCAGAGUCAUUGCAGAACGUGGCUUGAGCAAAACAGUUGUGUGGCGGCAAAGCUUCGACAUUUCCGAUUGAUGAUGGCGUUCGGCAAAUUCCGCCGUGCGUGUCUUGCCUCACAGGCAGCAAGCGAAGUAGAGGCUGAGCCAUUGCCUAGCGACGGCUUAGCGGCGAGCCCAGCAAAAUGUGGAGUAGUUACUUUAUUUGACGACGUAGUGACUCAUUCAAGUUUGGAACAGGAAGGUAGUGAUGAACGCAUGGAGCCGCGGAUUCGUAUUUCGACUCCCGUCCACGGUCGUUCAAACAGCAGACGCCGCAAUCAUGCAAGUAGCAACCAUCUCAGCGAUCGGAACUCGCUGCUGGAGCAAGAGAUAUUGCGCUUGCAGCAGAUGCUUUUGGAGCAGCAAAGCAGACGCGACGAUUAUCCUGCGGAGGAUCAACGGCUGCGAUCGUCGAUCAACGCUCGCCCGCCGCGGAGUGCACCUCAUGAGCACUUGAAUCGAGCAUUGGAUUCACGUCUGGGUCGUCGUCGAUCUUCAGUUGGUGGAUUACUAUCCGAAGAUGAAGAUGAAGAGGUUGAUGACGAGGUGUCACUUUUACCGCCGCGCCGUGCGCGUAGUGUGGUACCCGGGAAACAGGUCGACCACGUUUCCAUGUUGUCUCGUAAGAUCGAGGAGCUGGACGCAAAAUGCAAGUUCCUCGAGCAGCUUGUGGCUCGGAAGAAUUACGAGGAUGCGGCACGAGAUUCUUUUUCAUACAGUCGAGGAUCGAUUGGCGGCCGUGAGGGUUUCCCGUCUGCGGAAUCAUUUUACGGCAGCGAUGCGGGUCCGGACGUAGACUCGCUCAUCUUCAGCAUCCAAAACCAGAUGAACAUGCUCCGACAGUCUAUUGCUGAAAAAGAGCAAGUCCUUCAGACGUCACGGAUAUCCAAUGCCAUGUCCUUUUCGUCCAGUACACGACCAACGCGUUCAUCGUCUGCCGCUUCGACGACAUCGUUUUCUAACUUGCCGAUGGGUGAGGCCCCACCGAGCCUGCCGUCGCUUCCAUUGUCCGAAUCGCAACUGUCGGCUGGCGGAUCAUCGUACGCCAACAGUCGACGUAGUGGUGGAAGUUCACUUGGGCUCCCUCCAACGCCGACCUCGUCAGUAAUGUCGUCGUCUUGCCAUUGGCCUUCACGUCCUCCAUCCGUGCAUAUGGGUAAUCGAAGCAUGCCUCGCAUUGUAAAGUGGGCUCGCUCUACUAAUUGCUACGAGUGUGAAGAGCCGUUCAAUCUAUUUGUACGACGUCAUCACUGUCGUAUGUGUGGUAACUCGUUUUGUCAUGAACACUCGAGUCGACGCGCGUCUGUUUUCGGUAUCGGUUUUGACGAUGAGCCUGUGCGCGUGUGUGACAAUUGUUUUGCCGAAUACUACGCAUCACAGGAAUCACAUACGGUCCAGUAUCCUCGACAAUACAGCUUCACGUCCGGUCCGAUGUCUUCAUCUUCGCGGUUCAGCGGUUCGUAG